GCGGGGGGCCAUGCCGUGCCGGAGGGAGGAGGAAGAGGAAGCCGGCGAGGAAGCGGAGGGGGAGGAGGAGGAGGAGGACAGCUUCCUCCUGCUGGAGCAGUCGGUGACGCUGGGCGGCUCGGGCGAGGUGGACCGGCUGGUGGCCCAGAUCGGCGAGACGCUGCAGCUGGACGCGGCGCACGACAGCCCGGCCUCCCCGUGUGCGCCCCCCGGGCCGCCGCCGCCGCAGCCCCCGAGGCCCCAGGCGGCGCUGCCGGCGGCCAAGGCCCGGGCCCCCGCCGUGCCGCUGCUGCGGCCGCUCGGGUCGGCUGAGGCUGGGGGCCCGGCGCCCCCGGGGGCCCUGCGCUGCGCCCUGGGGGACCGCGGCCGCGUGCGGGGCCGGGCUGCGCCCUACUGCGUGGCGGAGCUCGCCGCAGGCCCCAACGCGCUGUCCCCACGGUCCCCUCAGCCCGGCCUUGAUGGACCUCCCGGAGCUGGCAAGCCAAGCAUCCCUCAGCCGCUGUCUGGCCCGUGCCGGCGAGGAUGGUUCCGCAACGCCGCUGCGUCUCGCCGCCUGCAACAACGGCGCGGGUCCCAGCCCGAAACCCGCACCGGCGACGACGACCCUCACCGGCUCCUGCAGCAGCUCGUGCUCUCGGGAAACCUCAUCAAGGAGGCGGUGCGGAGGCUUCAUUCGCGACGGCUACAGUUACAUGCCAAGCUUCCCCCGCGGCCACUCCUGGGGCCUCUGUCCGCCCCUGUGCACGAGCCCCCUUCGCCCCGAAGUCCUUGCGCGGCCUGCAGUGACCCUGGCCCGUCCGCGAGGAGGGCGCAGCUCAGAACUGGGGACGAUGUUCUUGUCCCUGGUAGCUAACUACCAGGGUGGCCACAGCACUGGCCUUGACUGGAGGGCCAGGGGUUCGCCCUAGGGCUGCAACCCAGCUCAAGCUGAUAGAGACCUGGUUCUUUUGGAAGCGAGAAAAAUCUGCUGAGGAAGAGACGAGGGGAUGGGGGGG